AUGCCUGCCGGGGAAUUGAUGCCAUCCCCAUCCCGGGACCCCUUUCCCGCCGAGGGGCCCCUGUCUGGGGUGCAGAGGAGGAUGAAGGGGCUGACUUCAGCCCCUCAAACCCUUCGUUCUCCCGCUGCUGGUCAGUGCUGUGACCCCACGGCUGCAGCGGUGCCCAUGGGGAGUCGGGAGGGUUGGGGGUCAGGGGCACCUCCCACCUCCGCCUUUUUUUUGCACUGGAUUAAUGGAAACCAGAUUGUGCAGCCGGAAAAGAGCCUGGAAGCCAAAUCCUGCUGCUGGAAUCCCUCUCUGUCUCCUGCACGAAUCCCGGGAAUGGGCUCGGCCAUGGGCACGUGGUUGCUGCUCUUGGUGCUGCUGGCGGCGGCCCCGGCGCGGGCGGCGGCGCCCCGGCGGCGCCCGGUGCUGCCGGAGGCCGCGGGCAGCGGGGACGGGGACGAGGCGUCGGCCACGCUGCCCGCCCAGCCCGUGACCCCCCGGAUCAGCCCCACGCUGGGGGACGCGCCGGGGACCACGGUGACCAACAGCUCGGCGCCGGGCGUGCUGGACGGGCUGGUGGACUUCUUCAAGGAGUACCUGCUGCUGGUGGUGGUGGUGGGCUCGCUGUCCUUCGUCCUCCUCUUCAUCAUCUGCGCCGCCGUCAUCGUCCGGCAGAAGCACAAGGCCUCCGCCUACUAUCCCUCCUCCUUUCCCAAGAAGAAAUACGUGGAUGAGAGGGACAAGUCCGGGGGAGCGCGGGCGUUCAGCGAGGUGCCCGAGAAAGCGCCCGAGGCCGGCGCGGAGGAGCCGCUGGACGGCAGCCGGCAGCUCCAGGCGGACAUCCUGGCUGCUGCCCAGAACCUCAAAUCGCCCCACAAGGCGCCGCUGGCCAACGGGGCCCAGGGCGAGCAGAAUUCCCCUCAGGAGGAGGAGGAAGAGGAGGAAGGAAAGAAGCCUGGGGAUGAGCAAGCCAAGCCCCCCGCCCAAAAUCCAGGCGCGGAGGAAGCGGCGAGCGCAGGGAGCAAGGAGACCCCCGACGCAUCCCAGGAUGGCUCCCAGGCUCCCUCUGGGAUCUGAGGCAGGGACACAGCCCCCGGCGAGCCUGAGCAGCUGCUGCCUGGGGACGCACGAUGGACGUGGUGGAUCAGGCUCCGUACGUACGUGGUGGCUCGAGGAAGCCCCGAUGAAGAUCCCAUUCCCUCCCCGGCUCCCCCGACCCUCGUGCUGAUGGGAUGUUCGUGGGGAGGGGGAUUUGCCAGCUGGUGGUUUUCCCCAGCACUGGAACGCCGUCAGCCCCGGCUCCUGCUGCCCGAGGGGCUUCUCCCCACCCCAGGCACUGGGUGGGUGCAUUCCCCCAGCUCCAGCUCUGACCCCUUUUUUGCCACCAGCUUCCUCCCAAGUGUUAUUUUAAUCAGCAGCAGCAGCCUGGUCCGUGCCGGGCUCCUGGCUGGGAGCUGCGUCCCUCUGGGAAGAGGGAUGGGACCGGGGCUGGAGAUCUGUAGGACAUGGGUCAGCUGUGCCCAUGGCCACCCAGGGGAAAGAGGGGUAAGGAUUUAGGGACAAGGACGCUCCUUUCCUUCUUUCACCCCAGAGCCCAGCUGGAUUUUUGCCUCACUUCCUGAACCCCUUCAGCUAGAAAUAAACAUUUCCUCCGCACAGCUCCUCUCCCGUGUGUCUCUGCAGCCGUGGGGACAGUCCCCGUGUCCCCGCGCUCCUCCAGGGCCAGUGGAGCCCUGGGCAGGGCGUUAUCAGUCCCCACAUCAGCACAUCACGUGCCCUUCCAGGAAACCUUUAUCUUGUACCCACAGCUGUGGGGGACUCAGCCACGGCACUGGGGUGCAGCUGCUGCGGUGGGGACAGCGGGGAAACCUGGGAGGUGAAAGAGGGGCUGCUCUGCCUCAAAAGCAGCACAACCCCACACCCCUGUAUCCCUGCAACCUUCCUGCACCCCUGUGUUUUAUCCCAUCAUGGUCCUGCCUCAGGACAACAUUCCCUUGGGAAGAGCGUGCCACCACGACGAGCUGAUUUUGCCCCAAAGCAGAUGUGAGCGUGUGAAGUUUUCAUUAUUUCUUUUUUUUUUUUUUUUAAACUGGGAAAUAGCUGGAUUGUUCCAUGAGGGAGAGGCACGUUCCUCGCUGCUGGAGGGUGCCAGGAGCUGAGGAACCACAAGAGGGACCUCACGAGAGGCAAACUCACAG